CACGCCAUGGAGGAGCGCGCCAACCUCAUGAACAUGAUGAAGCUCAGUGUCAAAAUCCUGAUCCAGUCAGCCCUGAGCCUCGGCCGGACCCUGGACUCCGACUUCCCUCCCCUGCAGCAGUUCUUCGUGGUGCUGGAGCACUGCCUGAAGCACGGGCUGAAAGUGAAGAAGACUUUUAUUGGACAGAACAAAUCAUUUUUUGGCCCUUUGGAGCUAGUGGAAAAACUUUGUCCUGAAGCAUCAGAUAUAGCAACUAGUGUUAAAAAUCUUCCGGAGCUAAAGACUGCUGUGGGAAGAGGAAGGGCUUGGCUUUAUCUAGCACUCAUGCAGAAGAAACUGGCAGAUUAUCUCAAAGUACUCUUGGACCAUAAACAUCUGUUAAGUGAGUUUUACGAAGCCGAUGCGUUGAUGAUGGAGGAGGAAGGAGCAGUCAUUGUGGGCCUGCUAGUUGGGCUGAAUGUUAUUGAUGCAAACCUUUGCUUGAAAGGAGAAGACUUGGAUUCCCAGGUUGGAGUGAUUGAUUUUUCCUUGUACCUGAAGGAAACACAGGACAGUGAUGGCAAACAGUAUGUAUGGUCAAUUAGGAUUACAGCUGUCCUUGAUCAGAAGCAUUACGUGGAAGAACUCAACCGACAUCUAAGUUGCACGGUUGCAGAUCUUCAGAACAAAAUAGACUGUCUAGAAAAGACCAAUUCAAAACUCCAGGAAGAGCUUGCAGCAGCAACUGACCGGAUUGGAUCCCUUCAGGAAGAGCAGCAGCAGCUGAAACAACAGAACGAGUUAAUUCGUGAACGCAGUGAAAAAAGUGUGGAGGUUACAAAAGAGGAUACAAAAGUAGAAUUGGAUACUUACAAGCAGUCACGCCAGGGUCUUGAUGAAAUGUACAGUGAUGUUUGGAAGCAGUUGAAAGAAGAAAAAAAGAUAAGGCUGGAACUAGAGAAAGAGCUGGAGCUCCAAAUUGGAAUGAAAACAGAAAUGGAAAUUGCCAUGAAACUUCUGGAAAAAGAUACUCAUGAAAAGCAAGACACUUUAGUUGCACUUCGCCAGCAGCUGGAAGAAGUCAAGGCCAUUAACCUGCAGAUGUUUCACAAGUCUCAGAAUGCAGAGUGUUCAUUACAGCAAAAAGCAGAAGCCAUAUCCUCUUUUGAAGGAAAAACAAAUGAGAUGAUGUCUUCUAUGAAACAAAUGGAAGAGAGAUUGCAGCAUGCAGAAAAGGCAAAGCAGGCUGCAGAAGAAAGAUGCAACAAGAUGAAGCAAGAGCUUGCUGGCAGGCUUGACACUUGUCGGCAACAGAUGUCCCAGCUGGAUAGCAAAUGCUCAACUUUGGAAAAGGAAUUAAAAUCUGAAAAGGAACAGAGACAAACUUUACAAAAAGAACUACACCAAGAGAAAGAUGCUACCACUCUGCUUAAAACAGAACUGCAACAAAUGGAAGGACUGAAAAAGGAGCUGAGAAAACUGCAAGAUGAGAAGCAGCAGUUGGAGAAAGUCUGUGAGGAGCAGGAACAAGCUCUUCAAGAAAUGGGACUUCAUCUCAGCCAAUCAAAGUUGAAGAUGGAAGAUAUUAAAGAAGUAAAUAAAGCACUAAAGGGUCAUACCUGGCUGAAGGAUGACGAAGCGACACACUGCAAGCAAUGUGAGAAGGAAUUCUCUAUCUCAAGAAGGAAGCAUCACUGCAGAAACUGCGGGGACAUCUUCUGCAACACCUGUUCCAGCAAUGAACUGGCACUGCCAUCCUACCCCAAACCUGUCCGCGUCUGCGACACUUGCCACACUUUGCUCCUGCAGCGGUGCUCCUCCAACUCCUCCUAAGGCUUUUGUAACCUGCACAUUGGAAAGUAGCCAUUAUUUUUUAAAUUAUGAAUUCCAGGCAUCUUCUGUGCAGCAGAUGGUCUGGUCUCUACAGUUUUCCACUGUAAGACAGAGCAAUGUAAGA